GAUCAGCAGUUUAGUCGUAAGGGUCGCAUUCGGCCUAGACAUCUUCACUUGUGUGUUUUGCAUUUUAUUAAUUAGUGAGCCGUAUUUAUAUGAUGAUACCUCUUUUAUUUGUUUAUUUUAUAGCUGCUUUAAAAGUUUUUAAAAAAACUACACCAAAUGGGAAAGUGACCGUUUAUUUAGGCAAACGAGAUUUUAUAGAUCACUUGGAUAGCGUUGAUCCAAUUGACGGCGUUGUCGUCGUUGAAAAUGACUAUCUACAAGGUAGAAAAAUCUUCGGUCAGGUUUCGACGACGUAUCGAUAUGGGCGAGCCGAAGACGAGGUAAUGGGUGUCAAGUUCAGCAAAGAAAUGGUGUUGGCUUGCAGUCAAAUAGUUCCACAAGUCAAAGACAUUUCGUCAGACUUAACACCAGUUCAGAGGAAACUGAUUAAGAAGUUUGGUACUUCUAAUGCGUUUCCGUUUGUAUUUCAAUUUCCGCCUAAUUCGCCAUCCUCAGUUACACUGCAACCCGGUGAUGACGACGACGGCAAACCGUUGGGAGUCGAGUAUAGUAUCCUCACGUACGUAUCCGAUAGAGAAGACGACAGGGGUCAAUCGAGGUCAUCUGUAUCGUUGAUCAUUAAAAAGCUACAAUACGCGCCAUUAACUAGAGGACAAAGGCUGCCAAGUUCGUUGAUUAGCAAAGGUUUUACUUUUUCGCACGGUAAAAUCAGCUUAGAGGUUACUUUGGAUAGGGAAAUAUACUAUCACGGUGAAAAAGUCAUUACUACAGUAGUAGUCAGCAAUAGCUCAAGAAAAUCGGUGAAAAACAUUAAGGUAUAUGUAGUACAACACACAGAAGUUACAAUGGUGAACGCUCAAUUUUCAAAAUUUGUUGCCAGCCUGGAGACACGAGAAGGAUGCCCCAUAACACCGGGCGCAUCAUUUUCCAAGCAGUUUUUUUUGGUGCCAUUAGCAGCCAGUAACAAAGAUAGAAGAGGAAUCGCUUUGGAUGGCCAUUUGAAGGACGACGAUGUCAAUUUGGCUUCGUCUACACUAAUGGCUGAAGGUAAAGGACCUAGUGACCAGACCGGUAUAGUCAUUUCGUAUUCGGUCAGAGUUAAAUUGAACUGCGGCACUUUGGGAGGAGAGUUGGUCACAGACGUACCUUUCAAACUGAUGCAUCCUAACCCAGUGUCGGAUGAUUACGUUUCUGCUUCUGCAGCCAAAUCACAACCGUCAAAAGCAGCGCUGAAAAAAAUGAGAAGUAUCGACAGGCUAAAGUAUGAAAAGACCUACGGCGAUGACGAUGAAGACAAUUUAGUAUUUGAAGAUUUUGCGAGGCUUAGGUUGGCUGACGAAUAAUACCAAUAAAAAUCGAAACGCAAAGUUGUUUAUCUUUUUAUUACGUAUAAUUCGUGCAAUAUAGGAAUUCGGGUUGUAUUAAAAUCAAUAAAUAAAAUGUAUUGUAACAAUAACAAAAUAAAUCGAU